AUGUCAUGGAACCGCACAGCGCGCGCCAGCAAGACCAAGGCUGCAGAGAGCAUCAGCGUGAUGAUGGCGCAUCAACUACUCCCGCUUGCCUCGCGUUCAGAUGCCGGAUUCUCUCCUACACCUAACGACCCAGCACCAAAGCUCUCCCUCACAUUCAGAAGAGACGUGUGGAACUCGUACACCCCAUCCCCACCACCGCAGCCUCCCGCAAAAGCGCCAAAGCACAGCCCCACCCGCCGCCAGUGCACAGCACGACUGACGCGCUUCCACUACGGCGGCCGCGACAGGCGCGCGCGAGGCAAGUUCGCGGACUUGAUCACCCUCGAGACGCCGUGCUUGCACCCGACGUGCACUGACUGCCGCGCCCGCCACAAGCACCUGAUGCACGAGGAACCGAGAUGUGCACCAUGCACGUCGUCAUGCACGCCGUCGAGUCCAAGCUGCACAAGCACCGCCGCACCCUCUCUGCAUACAUCCCGCGCCCCCGCCCUGUGCGGAUCAAUAUGGCGGGACACGCCCCGGACGCGUUGCGUUGCUCGACCCGGACGGGCGAGCGAGGGUGUGCGUUUCACCGAUGCCGAUGUCGAAGCCGAUGUCGACGCCGAUGUCGAUGUCGAUGUCGAUGCCAAUGCCGAUGUCGAUGCCGAUGCCGACGUCGACGCCGAUGCCCAGCUGUGCGGGGAGCUCAAGGGGAAGCGUGAGGGAGGCAGGGGUGGGGAGGAGGAGAGCAGAAUGGGAGGGAGGGACGGGGAGAGCAGGAUCGCAGGCCGCAGGCCGCGGGCGAGAUACAGAGUGCGGCUCGCUUUCACGAGCGCGGCGGGGGUCGAUAGGUACAGAGGCUUGGUUCGCGCGUGUGCUGUGUAG